GACGACUCUCAUGCUUUAAAAAAGUUAUCGUUUCCGCGGACUGCCGCGCUUCGCUUUAAUCUCCAGUUAUCGCCUCCGUCCACGGUUGCCCUCCUCUUCUUCUCCCUUCUUCAGACCUUGUUGCAUCGAGGUUAAUCACAAAUCACACAUGCGCUGCCCUGCGCGCUAUCUCCAGUAUGGCCGAGGGUUCGACUGGCGGCACUGGUGGUGCCAUUGCUCGAUCGUCGACCGCUCCGAUAAUCACCGGCAAUGACAAUCCCAGUUCAGACAGCGCCGGCCGCAACAGCGAUAGCCAUGGCCCUGCCACUGUUCAAACUGCCAGUACCUCCAGCAAACCUGGGUCUCUCAGGACCUCUCAGACGUUCCCUCUCGUGUCUCCCUCCCUUCCGGGUCACAAAUCCCCGAGCUUUCAGUCAUCUACGCCAACGGCGCUGUCUUUUUUUGAAGCCAACGCUGAUUCUAGCGCCAUAGAUCCGUUGUCACGACAUAUCAUUAGGCGCACGAAUACCGAGAAAUCGAUUCCCUUGAGGCUACUGGGGAAGGCAUCUUACGAAGCGGAGGCUCGCGGAACGGACGAUUUCAGCCCGACAAAGCUGGGUUCGAUACGGGGAGAUGCAGCGUCAAGUCAAAAAUCUUCCAAGGAUAAAAAGUGGGUAUCCAACUGCCUAUUAUUGAGUCCUUACUCCCCAAAGGAAACACCCAGUUGUUGCAAAUUGCUUUGUUCUUGGCGCAAUGAGACAUUUUCUAUAUAACCCUUUACGUAAAGCAUCAGAACCCGUUCUUUGCUUGAGAUUUCUAGAACAGGAAUCAACUGACUGGCUUUCCCCUUCUGAACUGCAGGAAAGGUGGCUCGUUUCUCAGCCGCAUCAUCCCAACCAGGAAAAGGGGCCAUUUCUCAGCUUCUGAUGACGACAUUUCUGAACCGGACGUCAAUCGCAUGGAUACCGACUCUAUUUCACAGCCGAUAGGAUUCAUUCCACGCUUCCCUCGCCCCCCUAAAUAUAUUAAAGUCAGAGCCCACUUCAAGAAAGAGAAAACAUUCAACCGGGUAUUCGUGGCACAAGAACUGGAUGGUGCGGAUUUCCCAUCCAGCUUGCCGGAUAAUGAUGGAUCUACUAGUACGUCGACUGAAAUCCCAGGCGGGCACAAUGCUGGGAGAGCAAUCUGGGCUCUGGGGUUUUCAAAAGAUGGCAGGUAUCUCGCCGCCGCUGGUCAAGACAAGAAGGUCCGGGUAUGGGCCGUAAUUUCUUCCCCGGCGGAUCGGGAUGCGUUUGAACCUGAAGACUACGAAGGCCAAGAUAGUCGAGAGCUGCCGCGGUUCAAAGCUCCUGUGUUUGCGUCGAAGCCAGUCCAAGUGUAUGAGGGGCACACGGGGUGUGUACUGGAUUUGAGUUGGAGUAAAGUACGAAUCGCCACCCCUUCGGCCCAAAUUGCAGCUGUCUUUUAAAGAAAGGAAAAGGGGAAGAAAGGACAUAUGGCUGACUGUGUGUAACUACGCCAGAACAAUUUUCUUCUUUCUUCCUCAAUGGACAAAACCGUCCGCUUGUGGCACGUCACAAGGUCAGAGUGUCUUUGUUGCUUUAAGCACAGCGACUUCGUCCCUUCCAUACAAUUUCACCCUCGCGAUGACCGAUUUUUCCUCGCGGGGUCUCUUGACACGAAACUUCGACUUUGGAGCAUCCCGGACAAAAGUGUGGCAUUCGUGGCCACUGUUCCGGAUAUGAUUACCUCCGUCGCUUUCACCCCUGAUGGCCGACAUUCGAUCGCCGGAUGUCUCAACGGUCUAUGCAAUAUUUACGAAACGGAUGGCUUGAAGCUUGUCGGACAGCUACAUAUUCGUUCACCACGCACGCGGAAGGCAAAGGGGAGUAAGAUCACAGGGAUCGACACUAUCACUGUGCCCCCUAAUGACCCAAAUGGUGAAAUUAAGGUCUUGAUUACUAGCAACGACUCUCGGGUUAGACUAUAUAAUCUCCGGGACCGAACCCUGGAGGCAAAAUUCCGGGGUAACGAGAACGCGUGCAGUCAGAUCCGGGCCUCCUUCAGCCAUAGCGGUAAACAUGUCAUAUGUGGAAGUGAGGACCGAAGGGCGUACAUCUGGCCGAUUGACUCGUUUGAAAAAGACACAGAUAAACGUGCUGUCGAAGUGCUUGAGGCUCAGUCAGCUAUGGUGACGGCUGCUGUCAUGGCACCUCCGUCGACCAAACAGAUACUGGGGUUUUCGGAGGAUCCAGUUUAUGAUAUUUGCAAUCCGCCGCCUGUGACGCUGGUAAGUAAUGCGCAUACAGGUGACCAGCGCAAUGGCGAAUCGAAUGCACUGCCAGAUCAUGCGAAACUGGCACAGAAGUCACCCAGUUAUCUUGCCCGAUCGACACACCCAGGCGGCGAUAUAAUCAUUAUAGCCGAUUACUCGGGGAAGAUCAAGGUUCUGAGGCAGGACUGCGCGUACCACAAGCGGCGCUUUGAGGCGUUGGACACAGGAUCUACGAUUUCUAAAAGGUUGUUGGGACGCUCCAACUCGGCUCGCCACAGUAUCGCGUCAUCGAAUGGAAAGGAUUCUAUUCUGAAGACGCCGUCGGAGCGGAUCAUAUCAUGGCGCAAUUCGGUUGCCAGAAACGAACGUGCUAGCAUGGACAGUUCUCGACGUGGGACGAGGACUCGAAGCCCGUCUCCUCACAUGUCUCGCUACUCCAGUCCUCAGCGGAACUCCAUGGGGCUACCGGCUGACUAUCGUUCCGUCUUUAUUACAUCCUCCCCACAGUCAGGACGCAAAUCAUCCAUGGACAGUCCACGAUCCAGCGAGGAGGUGUCAAAACCCAGCAGUCAGCCAAUGGUGCACAGGGCCCUUCAGCCUCCGAAAGAGUUCGCCAGCAGUGCGAACCAUGAUAAAGAUAAUCCGAUGUGGUCGCCAGGUGACCAGAGUUAUCUCUUUUGGAACAAGAUGGCCCACGAUGCGCUCGUGGCCAGUUCCAAGAAAUCUCCUGCUUUUCUGAGUCCCAACAACGGUACCGUAUCUGCAGAACGGACAAUAACCGCAAGCACCCUGAGCAGUGAUUAUGCCUCGUCCAAUGGGGAGGCUGAUGAAGGGGAAGUGCUUACGUGCAACCAUUGCCAUGGUACCAAUUUCCGGGCGACCAAAGGAAGAGACGGCAAACAACGACUGACUUGCGUUAAUUGCCGUAAAGCUACCAGUUGAGGCUGCAGGCUUAUGGUGAUUAUUGUUAUGAGUCCACGAAUCUUUUUCAUUUUUUCCAUUUAUGUUGAUUUUGAUGAUGACAAUAUUUGCAGCACAAGAUAAUAUGGAUGGACAUACUUACAUUUCAUUAAAUGCUUUGAUCAUGUGGAUUCCCUUUCUUGUUUUUGGGCAACUUGCAUAUUAGGUUUACAAGCAGCGUCUUCUCUUCACAUGUACAGCAUGUAUUACUAUUAUCAUUAUUGUAUAUAGCAUACCACAAGAUAAUGCUACUACAUGUUUGGCAUAGAUAGAAAUGCAGUGCACAGGGUGGCGCGAGGGCAGUGAAAUAGAUAAAUGCCAAGAAUAGAAACCCUGGUUGUCUCAACUUCGACAGUUUAAAGAGUAUGCCAGGAGAACAUUGCUCGCCAU